UUUGAAAUUUCCAUCAGAAAACCCCAACCAAACGAGGUCUUCUUCUUCGUUUUUUCUUUUAAAGAAAACCCCAAAUCGAAUUCAAUCAAAUCAAUCAGGAUCCCACAAAAUGGCUUCGAUAUACAGAUGUUCGGAAUGCGGAGCGAACCUAAACCUAAACACAGUCCAUCUGUACCCGCCGGAUUUCUACUUUGAAGCCGGCAACAAGGGCACGAUGUCAUUCUCAACCGUGGAUACAACCAAAUUCAUAUUCGAGAAGGAGGACAAAAUCCGACCUUUCUUCGAGACGAUCAACUACUGGGGGAUCCAGAGGAAAAGGACCAAGUUGAAGUGCCAUAGCUGUAGCCACCUCAUCGGGCAUAUCUACGAUGAUGGUGCUCCGAUGACUGACAGUGCCGGCCAGUUUCAUUUUGGACCCAGUCAGGUCAUUCCUAGGGCUCCUCGCUACAGAUUGAGGACCAAGGCCCUCCGUAUUUCGCCUGAAACUUAAUGGGUCAGUCAGUUCGACAGCCUUUACUUAUCGAAAAAAGAUUGAAGAUUUAUUUUUUCCCCUUUAUUGUAUUCUAUUUUUUGUUGUAUGAAUAUUGGAUGGGAUGGAUUCCUUUUUUCUUUGUAUAUCUAUAUAUAUAUAUAUAUAUAUAUCAUAUAUGGGUUUUUCUUGUA